GGGAACCAGCAGGCUUUACUAUUCAUUACAUGGUUCUAGACAACACUGAUUCAUUGUUAAGAUAGCCCACAAAUUAUGGUCGUUUGAAAUAAAAUAAUCGCACAUGGCAUCAAAGGUCAGCCAUGAGUGGAUAUAUCACUUUUGAAGUUGGACGCUCUUGUCCAAAUGAGUAAGAUAGGAUUAGUCAUAGGAUUCGUUUAAGGGCAUAUAUAGAAAUCAAUAGAAAUGGCAUAGUGCUCAAUGAACCACAGAAGUGGAAUAUAAGUAAUCUUUUGUCUCUGGAUUGCUUUGAUUUACGGUACCUCCCUUUUAUCGCGGUGAUGAAAUAGUUAACAUGAUUGUUUGGAAUGAGGCGGCUAUCUUGUAACCAAGGAGAGGAGCAAGAACAUUGCAUACAACACAGAAGUCGUCUCGCUAACUCCAAAACUUAAGGGGGAUUUCCACGAUGGUUAGGGCGGUAGCCACGGGAUCGUACAUGGACACUUAAUAUUUCGUUAUGAUUAAGUUAUCAAAAAUAGCUAUUUUUACGAUUAUACACUAUAAGAAAGAAUUGGGUGUACACAUAGUUCACAUUAGUUUUACUAAGUAGCCUAUGAUUCGGUAGGCCCAUUGAAACGGUGCUAACGGAUCUGUCAAGAUUCGGUCAAAUGAUUCAAAUGACGCUUGCUAGUUCUGCCCAUGUCCUAACCCACUGACAGAAACGGAGUGACGGUCAUCGUCUUUUACGAAGCACUGACUUGUUGGUAGGUGUUCUAAUUACGCUCGCAUUUUCCCGAAAUGUUUGGGUCUUAACCAAUUUCAUUUUAUCUUUAGAGGUGACUAGAGAGCUCAUCGGAACCAUAGGCGGACUAAAACUUGAAACAAGCCUAACAUUACUUGGACAGUUUUCGAAAACUUUUGACACGUAUUAAUAUGUCUGGGAUUCAGCAUGCCACCAAUCAGAGCAUCAAGGCUUUUAAAUCAAGUGAAGAGUAUCUGUAUGCAAUGAAAGAAGAUUUGGCAGAAUGGUUGAAGGACUUGUACAACAUCGACAUUGACGUGAGCAACAUCCUUGAAGUUUUGGAGACAGGGGCUAUCCUAUGUAAUCAUGCAAAUAAUGUGACUAAGGUGGCAGAAGACUUUCUUUGCACAUAUGGACAUGUAGCCGGGAUUCAAUUGCCAUCAUCUGGAGUUACAUGUAUUAGCUCAGCUCAACCAUCUACUUUUCUCGCACGGGACAACAUAUCCAAUUUCAUAAAUUGGUGUCGCAAACAGAUGGAUAUUCAAGAUGUCCUGAUGUUCGAGACAGAUGAUCUGGUCUUGCGAAAGAAUGAAAAGAACUUUGUUCUUUGCCUGCUUGAAGUGGCACGGCGGGCAUCUCGCUUUGGCAUGGCAGCCCCUGUCCUUAUCCAACUGGAGCAGGAGAUUGAGGAAGAGAUUAGGGAGGAAAUGGACUUGCCCAUGGAGCAGACUCCUCUGACCAAACCCCAGAGGCGUUUAUCCAACACUCAGAAUCUUGAUGAAAUGGUCCGAGGCCUAAUAAGCAGAUGUACAUGUCCUACCCAGUUUCCCAUGGUCAAGGUCUCAGAGGGCAAAUAUAGAGUAGGAGACUCCAGCACCCUCAUAUUUGUGCGGAUCUUGCGCAAACAUGUGAUGGUGCGCGUGGGUGGAGGAUGGGACACCCUGGAGCACUAUCUGGACAAACACGACCCUUGCCGCUGCACCUCCCUCAGUGAGUCUAUCUCUUCAAGAUGUCCAAUAUACUUUGUAUGCUGCCACAAGGUGGCCCAGCGCCCAGCCACCCCGAUGCACGAAAUCAAAGCCAGGCUGGGCCCGCGGCAGGACGGCCAGGCUGGAGUCGGCACCCCCACUACGCUGCUGCUCACCCGUGCCCAGUCCCCGCUGCAGCCCGUCGCCUGGAGCUCCCCCGGCUCCGCUCGAGGCCUGGGGCCCGGCCCUGCUCCCUGCCCCUCCCGCUCCCCCGACCCUGGGCUACGCCACCUGCGCAGCCCCUCCCCCAGAAGGUUUCGUGAAAGGGCAUCCACACCUGCACGCAGACAGAACUCUGAAAGCCAAGAUGACUCAAGUCUUAACACAAGCUCAAGGAUGGGCCGAGAAGCUGUACGCGUGUCUCCAGCGCAUAGACACACAACCAGCUUACCCCGCACAGCGAUGUCCCCCGUGCCCCACCGUGAGCCUCCACGGACGCCCACCCCACACGCCAUCCAGAAGAACCCAGGUCUCCAGUCACAGUGCGACCCAGACACCAGGCUGAACCAAACCUUCACCAAAUCUCAAUUUGCCAUGAAGCUUCGACAGAGUGCAGCUGGCAGUGACCAUAAGUGUGGCGAUGGCCAGAGCAUCUCGGACAGACAAAGAGGACCUGGGCCAGUGAGGCCAUAUACACCUGUCCAAGAGCCGACCCCACAGAACAUUCCUUCUGCCGUCAAACACUCUGUCACUGAGAACAGUCAUAACUCACACAGGAGGUAUAGUUCACCUAAAAGGCAGGGCGUCACUUCACAUGGAUCGCCUGCCAGACCCUUCAGGCAUAUCAAAAAGAGCCUGUUUAGUCUUUUAGGAGGUAACACUUUUGAAAAGAAACUUGCUCCUGAUGAGCAGACGGCAGGCAGUGCCUUACAUGGAAACGGACAGCGUAGACAAAGUAUGGCCAAACGGAAUGUAUUUACUCCUGCAGCUACGGGGCAGGACUUACUUGAUGACCAAAGCCCCCAGCAGAGCUCAAAUGUACCCGGCGUCUCAAAUCCUCCGGUCAGCCCUGGUGAGGAGUUGCCUUGUGGCCAGAGAGUGACGGAAAGAGCCUGCCUCUUUACUCCACCGCCUAUCACUCCAGCCCAGGAGGCCAUCCUUUAUCAGAGCCUGGAGCACGAGAUCCUCUCUAAUCUGCAGGAACUUAACCUGGAUUCUGAUGACGGCAGCAGCACGGUAGAGGAGAACAUCAGUCAGCACUCCCCGCAGUGUCCUCAGUCGACUCGAGCGCUUUCCCACCACCAGUCCCCAGGCUCAACGCUACCCGCUGAUUCAUCUUGUGUACGGCAGAAGCAGACUGCUUGCGUCUCCUCCACGCCUGGCAACUCUAAAGAUCUUGGUUUUGAAUGUGUGAUUGACGAGCUCCGGCACAGCCGGCGGACCCUGGAGAAAGUGUCGGUGGAGCGCUGGGUAAACACGCUCCCUUUCAGCUCCCGGAGGAGCCGGCGAGAGGCUGCCGCGGUGGUAGACUCGUCCCAUCUCAGGCCCACCCAGCCCUGCACAGCCAGCUCCUGGACCUCUACAGGCUCCAGUUUGGAAUCAAAGGAGAGGAUGGAGGCUGUGACCGCACUGAUCUUGAGUCAGGUUGUGGAUGGCGGUGAGAUCGCCAAGGACUCCGACAAACAGAGAAGACCCAGGUCGUCGUCAUUCAGGCAAAGGAGGUCCCUGAGGAAACCAGAGAGGGUGCCCUCCAUUUACAAGCUCAAACUGAAGCCCCACAUACGUCCCAGGCAAGACCACCGACCCGAUCGCAAACCCUCCAAGAUUCCCAAGCCAAUAUCCUGCCGGCGGACCAGAGAAAAUGAAGAGUCAGGAUUAGGCAAGGACUCUACAGAGAGUGGGACAUCAUCAGAGAAAAACAACAGGCUACACAGUAAUAGAGGAGAGGAGAGACCCCUCACUAACAGACCGAUGGACCUGAACUCCAGGAGCAUCACACAGACCUCUCCAUAUGAAGGUGUCCAGGGUGGUAGAGUGGCUGUAAAGUGUUCAACUGAGGAGCUGGAAACCUGGGUCUGAGCACUCCCAUCUUUUGUAUCCAGAACACGUCAAUUCCUACUGAGAUCAGAUUCACAUGUGCCUCAGGUGGGAGCCUGUCAACUGCUGCUGAAGUCAUUGAACCUGAAAGACACAAGCCAAGAACCACAGCCAGAACAAGCCAUAACACAUUAACAAUGUAACCAAAAAGGUAAAUUAAAAAAGGUAAUUGGUUAUCUUCCAAUUUACACAGGUUACAUUUUUAAAUUUUAGAAAAGCCACCUCUCAGUAUCAUUGCUUGAUACAGGUUUUUUUUUGCACAUUAUGAUAAUUACUUUCUGUCUUCUUGUCGGAAAAAAACCCAGUCAACAGCCAAAAGAAAAGCUCCUCAAAAAGCACGAGGGAGUUUUUUCAGUGAUUCUGAAACCAUAAACAAGCUGUCUGGAACAACCCCUCCCCCCCCCCCAUGUGGUGACAGCAUUGCUAUGCUGGGGAGUGCCUGUGCUUUCAUCAAGCCAGCCUUUUACCUGGUCAAACAGCAUCAAAGCAGAAGGGGAGAAAAGAGAAGGAAAUGGAGGAUGUGAAACCUUAUUACCGGUCACAGCCGAGCGUCAUGUGGCUCUCGGUGCCAAGGCGAGGGGAGGAAUCAGCUUUAUAGAAGCAGAACAUGUCACUCUGCUCUGCCCGUUUAUCUAAGCGUUCACUGGAUUCUCCCCAUGCGCAGUCACUUGUCAA